AUGCACAGACCGAUCAGCUACGACUUCCUACCAUCCCAAGAAAUAGGAGUUUCAAUCCUUGCAGAAUGGCAGGAACGAAAUAAAAUCAAAUUCCCGCGAUCUAUGACGAGUGGCAUCUACUUUGUUUUUAAAGGCCCUGAUAUCCACGCACCUGCAGUUGGCGCUGCUUUUAGGGUACCAGUUCAUAGCGCAUGUCUCGCUAUUGUCGCUCGAGUGAUGAACUGGCGGAAGCCCUACCUAGAUUCCGAGUAUUCUAGGGACUUGAGAGUACCUACCAACAUUCAACAGCUCUAUGACGCUCUCAGGGAAGCGAAAAGAAGACAAUCAAAUAUUCUGGUAAACAUCGAAUGGCCAAAUUUGUACCACGGUGCGAGAAGUCAAUGGUCUGCGGCAUGGCUACCUGAGUUAGGCAAAGAGUGGUUAUCUGCAGACCCAGUCUUCAUACUUGAUUCUACCGGCUGGACUGCAACGAUAUUAUCAUUACUUAGACCUCUCUUCGAACAGCCAGCCGCCCCGGAGUUCGGCAUCACGGAGUCCUACACGGGAGAAAAAAACUAUACCUUUGGCCAUUCAAAAUUUGAAAACUUGCCAGUAACGGUUUACGACGGGCUCCGCGACAAUUUGGAUAUCCAUUCGGUGCAAUCUCUGCGCAUGUGCUCCUCAAAAGUGCGUAAAUCGAUAGUGCUCACCCCUAGGUUCUGGAGAGACAGGUUGCUCAACGGCGAGGCUGUGCCCUGGCUGUGGGAUAUUGAUGCACGGCAGGUUAAGAAUUUCAGCCUUGCGAACGACUGGGGUGCCUUGGUACGGGCUUUAAGAAUGCCAGGCCGUUAUAAUGAUGAUCGGCUACCAAUUGGCCUUCGGAACAGGAUUAGAAUCUUCACGAUCAUUGCGGAAAUUCGGCUGGAGGUGCCACGAAGGGGAAGCUAG